GGAUCAGGGAGAUGUGACCAGGUGAACCCAGUUGGCACAAAUUUAAAGAAACCAUAAAGGAAGGAGACAGGGUUACUGGAAGGGAUUGAUGGAUGGAUGGAAGGAAGGAAAUGUGUUGAAGGAGGAGAAGAGGGCAGGUAGAGGGCGUGGAGGCGAGAAACUUCUCCAUCUGGCAGGUCAAGGUUUGGGUUCUUCUCAUUCACUCUUUACCUCAACUUUUCACCUGGUUCUUAUCAACUCUCUUGACAGAAAACACGCUCCACUGACUGCAGUGUUGCCCCGCUGCGGUUUUACGAGAAUGUGAGGCUGAAGAUGCAGUUUAAUUCAUCAUUAAUGUGCCCAUAAAGCUUAUUUUAAUUAAGACAAAGUCCCCAAGCUGAAGUUCUUAGGGGCAACAUGCAUCCCUCUUCCUCUCUGCCCAGCAUAUGCACAGUUUUUGAUAAUAUAAAUCUUCAGACAUGUGCUGAGAUUAAUAUACAAAAAGCAGCCUGUUUGGCCCGUCACCUCUUUAAACUGUUUUUCAUUGCAGGAUAUUAUUUUCAGCAAGAGCGAAGUAUGUUACCUCGGAGGGUUUGGGAGGGGAAAUCGCCUGGUGUUGAGUGAAACCUUGAGCGGGCCAAAAGUACCUAAACGUGCACAGCUCAAGAGAUUUCUGCUGUGAGUCGACAUAACAAUUACUGACAUAAUUACAAGAGAUUAUUCUCCAAGGGAAGAAAUGGAGUUCUGUUCUAACUGGUAAGAAUGAGACAAAGCGGCCAAGAAAAAGAAAAAGGUGGUUUAAUUUAUGAACAAAUAUCUGCAUUUGCGCGCGUCCGCGCCAAGUCUCCGCGUGCGCCUGCCUGUGAGUGCGUAUAUUUAAGAGGUUGGUUUUAAAUCUCACUUUAAUAUCAUUUAUUGUUUCAGGCUGCAAUUCGCCACAGAAAAUUAGUCAGUGCCAUAAAAGGAACGGUGACGCGCCAGCUCCAUUGCGCGCUCAGAUGUGGUCUGUGCCUUGUAAUGUGUGUGUGAGUGUGUAUGUGUGUAGGGGGUAAAGUUUUGUGCAGAGGGCGGGGGCGCGGCUGUGUAGUCUCAGAGCUGAGACUUUGGGCAGACCUGGUGGUUUCAGGGUGUCAGCAGGCAGUUUUUUGGGGAGCGCGGUGAUACGGUGACAGACAGUUGGCGGACUUUACCCGGGACAGAACUACCUCACCUGCACGGAGGAAACUCUCUCUCCCUCUCUUUCCCCCCCAGUUCCCUCUCAUUUGAGGGGAAUUAGUGUGCAGCUGGCUGUUCUUUGGGGAUGGAGCGUGUAUGGGACUUAGUUUCCUCCGCUGGGAUGUUUAUUCUCGGGGUGCUUUCGGUGCUGUGGCCGGCGCUAAAUGGAGUUCGGAGUUUUAACCUUUACGCAGAGCAUCCUACGGUUUACAAGGGACCCGAUGGAAGUUAUUUCGGCUAUUCUCUGGACUUCUAUCAAGCUUCCUCCGACAGCAACACGUUCAGUGUGCUGGUGGGGGCUCCAAAGGCAAACACCUCUCAGCCUGGCAUUGUGGAGGCUGGAGCUGUCUACUACUGCCCCUGGCCUGGACUCCCUGACAGCUGCAGACAGAUACCUUUUGAUAAUUCCAAUAACAGAAUGAUAAAGGUAAACGGCACCAGAGAGCCUCUGGAGUUUAAGUCGCACCAGUGGUUUGGAGCAUCAGUCAGGACACACAAAGGAAAAGUGGUGGCAUGUGCUCCUCUCUAUCACUGGCGGACGGUAAAACUGAGUGGGGAGAAGGACCCCGUGGGGACCUGCUAUGUUGCUGUCCAGAACUUCAGCGCCUACGCAGAGUACUCACCCUGCAGGACCAAUGAUCCAGACCCAGAGGGACAGGGUUUCUGCCAGGCCGGCUUCAGUGUGGAUUUCACCAAGGAAGGAAUGCUGGUGGUAGGAGGACCUGGAAGCUUUUACUGGCAAGGUCAGGUAAUGACAGCGGGGAUAGCUGAGAUAUUAAACGGCUACUCUUUGAAGGCAGUGCUUAGACGGGUUCCAGGAGAGAAGCACACCAGAGCUGCGGAAGACACACACGACGACAGUUACCUUGGUUACUCUGUGGCAGUGGGAGAGUUUACAGGAGACUCUGAACAAGAGCUGAUAGCCGGAGUCCCAAGAGGAGCACAGAACUUUGGAUAUGUGGCAAUGAUCAACUCCACCAAUCUGACCUUCAUACAGAACUUCACGGGGGAACAGAUGGCCUCUUAUUUUGGCUACUCGGUGGCUGUCACUGACCUGAAUGGAGAUGGGAGGGACGAUGUGCUGGUUGGAGCACCCCUCUACAUGGAGAGAGAGAUGGAGAGCAAACCCAGAGAGGUGGGGAGGGUGUACCUGUACCUACAGAUGGCCCCGCUGACUUUCUCCGAACCUUUUGCCCUCACUGGCACACACACCUUCGGGCGCUUUGGCACGGCUGUAGCACCGCUUGGAGACGUAAACCAGGAUGGAUACAAUGACGUGGCGGUGGGCUGUCCCUUUGGAGGCGAGGAACGUGGAGGCAGAGUAUUGAUCUUUAAUGGUAACAGAGAUGUUGCAACGCAAGGUCUGACACUGAGCCAGGAGCUGAGAGCAGCUGGGACCCCCAGUGGCAGCCUGCCUGGUUAUGGAUUCACUCUGAGAGGAGGCCAAGACCUGGACAACAAUCAGUAUCCUGAUCUGAUCGUGGGGGCGUUUGGUGCAGGGGAGGUGUCAGUCUACAGGUCUCGAGCUGUGGUGUCUGUGGAAGCUGCAAUGAUCUUGACUCCCAGAAUCCUGAACCCCGAUGACCGACAGUGUCACCUGCCUGAGACAGAUAUCAUGGUUACCUGUCUGAAGGUGGAUGUGUGUGCAGCAGUGAGCGGAGUGGGGAUCCCAAGUUCUGUAGACCUGAGAGCAGAGCUACACCUGGACUGGUUGAAAGGCACCAGAGGUGGAGUUAAGAGAGUUUUAUUCCUGGACACUCAGCAGCCUCAGCGCACAGGGCUCCUAAAAUUGGGGCACAACCGCCCACGUGCAUGUCUGCGCUACACCAUUUAUUUGAGAGAGGAGGAAGACUUUAGGGACAAAUUGACCCCAAUCUCACUGGCUCUCAACUACAGCUUGGCUCCACACACCCAUGGCCAAAACCUCCCACCUGUCCUCAACCAUUACAGCAGUACCUUCCUUCAAGAGCAUGCCUACAUUCUCCUGGACUGCGGUGAUGACAAUAUUUGUAUUCCUGACCUCCAGCUCUCUGGCAGCAUGGACCGCUCAGAGUUGAUGAUUGGAGAUGACAAUCUGGUCAUGUUGACCAUCACUGCGGUGAACCAAGGAGAGGGAGCUUAUGAGACAGAGCUCCACACGCUGAUACCACCAGAGGCUGACUAUAUUGGAGUAGAGCGUAGGGUGGAGUCCCUGUCUCAGCUAAACUGCGAGUACAAGAUGGUCAAUGAGUCCCGAAUGGUGGUGUGUGACCUUGGGAACCCCAUGGUGGCUGGAACAGAGCUGUCCGUUGGUUUGAGGUUUUCUGUCCAAAGGCUGGACGAUGCCGGACCGAAGAUCAGCUUUGAGCUACAGAUCCACAGCUCCAACAGAGAUAAUUCCGACAGCAACCCAGUCAGUUUGAAUCUGUCCAUCGUUGCCAAAGCUCAGCUCGACUUACGUGGGGUGUCUCAUCCGUCUCAGGUGGUGCUGCCAUUCCCACGCUGGGAACCCAAAGAGAAGCCUGUCAAAGAGGACGACGUGGGGCCACAAGUAACACACAUCUAUGAGCUCCAUAACUCUGGUCCCAGCAGUAUUCGUGAGGCUGAGCUCCAGGUCGGCUGGCCCUCACGUUUCCGUGACGAGAACCUGCUGUAUGCCAUGGAGAUUCAAACUGACGGCCCAAUUAGCUGCCGGACAAACACCAGCCUCAAUCCGCUUGGCCUUCAGAUUUCCUCUCUCCAGGACACACCUGAAUUAUUGGGUUUCUUGAGGAACACCAGCGCUCCUUCCCACCGCCACAAACGAGCCAUCACUGCCACUGAGACUUAUAGCGGUAAAACUUUGAACUGCACCAAUAUCUCCUGUCUGAGGAUCAUGUGUAUUGUUGGCCGGUUAGAUCGUGGGCACAGUGCUGUGGUCAAGAUCCGCUCGAGACUCUGGGCGCACACUUUCCUGCAGCGGCGUAAUGACCCCUACAUCCUCAACUCUACUGUGUCCUUCACGGUCAUAGCCAUGCCUUACCGCAUCCAAUCCCCCACCCUGCCGCAACACACCACCUCGAUGGGGACCUUGGUGUUGUGGGGGACACCUGAUGUGUCGUUUGCUGUUCCACUCUGGGUCAUCAUCCUGGCCAUACUGCUGGGGCUGCUGGUGCUGGCCAUGCUAACAUUAGCUAUGUGGAAGUGCGGUUUCUUUGACCGGGCGCGGCCGCCAGCUGACGAUGACGUCUCGGACCAGGAGCAGCUGACGUCCGAUCAAACAGGGGAUGCCUAAACCGAUACAUGACAGCUCCUGAUUGGAGGACUGCAGUUUGAGGGGGAUAUGCACCUUCUGAGUAACUUAAAUCAGAUCUGAGAUCUGAAUUCGUUGGAUCCUACAUUCUUUGGCUGGAGGUCUUCUGCCUCGAAUGAAACUGAAUGAAGACUGCAGCGCCAUACAGACUGGGACCAAAGAACGGGGUUCAAACUAGACAGGUUGGGACCAAAACACUAACACUUAACAGGCUCAAUCACACACACACACACACACACACACAAACACACACACGUCCAUUGUUUUAAUGUAUCUAGUGUGAUGAAUUAACAGAGCUGAAGAUAGAAUGGACUUUGUUGUGAAGACAAUCCUUCAAAUGUUUCUGAACAUUAUUGUGUGUCUGUGUGAGUGAGGCACAGAGAGACUUGAGAUCUAUGCACAAGUGCUUUUGUGAGUGUGAGAGUGUGUGUGUGUGUGUGUGUGUUUGUGUGUGUG